AUGACCACGCCUCCCAACUUCUCAAACCCAGCCAACGACUCCUUGCCUAGCUCGACCUUCCCUCUCUCUGGCAAAACCGCCCUCGUUACCGGCGCCAGCUCCGGCAUCGGCCGCUCCCUCGCUUUCGCCUUCGCCCGCGCCGGAUGCUACGUUGCUUGUGUGUCACGAUCCCACCCUCUCGGUCGUGUCGACCCCCGCAACAGCACGUCCCCUUCACGGCCCUCCUCUCUUUUCGCACUCGCAGAUGCAGACGGAACCGCCGCAGACCAAACGAUUGCCGAGCUAAUAAACGCCGCCUCUUUGCCACCUGAUGCCUCGACGGGUUCUUCUUCGUCAGAGCGCGCCCAGGACUUCAUCUGCGACGUCACCUCCCCUUAUUCGUUCGCCCAACUCGAACAAGAUAUAAGAAAAUGGGUUGAUCAGCCGGUUACGAUACUGGUGAAUAACGCGGGGGUGGCGAGCGUGGCGGGUAUCGAGUUCCAGACUCCAGACGGAAUGGAAAGUUGGAAUAAGGUCAUCGCCACGAACUUGACGGGUCCUGUGGCAUUGGCAUAUCAGUUCCUACCUGGAAUGCUGGCUGCCGGGGACGGGUGCAUUAUCAGCGUAGGGAGUAGGAACGCGGUGGUGCCGGUGCCGUUUAUGGCCGCGUAUAAUGUGUCUAAGACGGGGUUGCUGAAGUUUCAUGAGACGCUGGAGAAGGAGAUCGGGGGUAGGGGAGUGCGCAAUUUCUUUGUUGUUCCAGGGAAUAUUAACACAGGCAUACUGAAGAGAGAGAAUAGCGUGGAUGAAAGGAGUUAUCGAGAGAGUGAAAGGGUGAGGCGUAUGGUUGAACGGAUCAAUGAUGCAGGGAAGAGGGGGGAGAAUGCAGUAACUCGUGCGCAAGACUUUGCAGAUGUCUGUGUGCGGCUGGCCGCCAUGGGAAAGGAUGCAGAUAUUUUGAGUGGGCGCUACGUUGACACGGAACGGGAUGUGGAAGCGCUGUUAGAGGAUGCGAAGAAGGGAACGGGAAGCGAGAUAUGCAAGAGGAGGUUGUACCAGUUGAAUAUAGACAGGUUGUAG